CUCAUGGUGCCCGGUUUUGCUAAUCAUGGUUGGAAACCUCUAGUCCACAAGUUGUUCAGCUCCACGCACGCCCGCAGCUCGCUUAUCAGCUUUCCUAUAUACUAGCCCUGGCUAGCCCGAAGCAGUGUUUCCGUGACUGGGGUUUCGGAACUAAGCAACAUCUUCCUUCUCGCUAUAUAUCGAGCGCGGCAUCCUGAGAUUAGAUCCUCAGACAUCAUGAGCUCCUCCACUCUCAAGCAAGCAGCUGAAUCUGCCCGAGCAAAGGCAUCCAACAUGAGCAAGAGCAUCACCGAGAGUGGCAGCGAGACAGCUGCCGCGGUCAAGAAUGACUUCCUCCACACGCCCAUCGUGAGGGCGGCCCUGCCCUUUGUCAACGGAGGCGUCUCGGGCAUGAUUGCCACGACCGUCAUCCAGCCUAUCGACAUGGUCAAGGUGCGGCUCCAGCUCGCCGGCGAGGGCGUAGCAGCAGUCGGUGCCAAGCCCAGCGCCGUCGGCAUAGCGAGAGACAUCAUCGCACAAGGCAAGUUCGCCGACUUAUACACGGGGCUCUCGGCCGGCCUCUUGAGACAGGGAGUAUACACGACUGCCCGCCUGGGCUUCUUUGACACGUUCAUGGGCAAACUCGGCCAGCGUGCCAAAGACAAGGGCGCGUCGGUCGGCUUCUCCGAGCGCGCCGCCGCCGGUCUGGGUGCCGGUGGCAUAGCAGCCUUCAUCGGCAACCCGGCAGAUCUGGCGCUCAUCAGGAUGCAGUCCGACGGCCUCAAGCCCCUGGCAGAGCGCAAGAACUACAAGUCCGUCAUCGACGCCCUGACGUCCAUCACGCGCUCGGAAGGCAUCACGGCUCUCUGGGCCGGCGCCACGCCGACGGUCGUGCGGGCCAUGGCACUGAACUUGGGCCAGCUCGCCUUCUUCUCCGAGGCCAAGGCACAGCUUAAGACCCGCACGCAGUGGUCGCCCCGCACGCAAACGCUGACUGCUAGUGCCAUUGCCGGGUUCUUCGCCUCGUUCCUCUCUCUGCCGUUCGACUUUGUCAAGACGAGGCUGCAGAAGCAGUCCAAGGGCCCGGAUGGCAAGCUGCCCUACAAAUCCAUGGUGGACUGCUUCCAGAAGGUGGCAAGAGAGGAAGGCCUGCUCAGAUUCUACCGCGGAUUUGGCACGUACUACGUGCGCAUUGCACCUCACGCCAUGGUAACACUGAUCGUGGUCGACUAUCUCGGCUGGCUCACGAAAUAGGCGAUCUAGCACGUGCUCGUCUUUCUUUUCCCCUUCUGUUUGUCGCAAAUGAACUUCUUAUAGUCGGCGUUGUUCGGUAGCAUUGCUAUUACCGAUGGAGUCUUGAAUGUGAACCAGGAAUACCAGUACCAGUCG